AUGGCAUGGUACUCCAUCCUUCCGUCAGAGCUUACCCACCUCGAGACCUGGGCAGCUCGCAUCUUCUUCUUCCUCGGUCUCAUCACUAUUGGGCCCUGGGCUUUCCUCGUACUCCUAGACGCAACCAUCUGGCUAUAUCGACUGAUCCUUUGGGAGAUACCUUGGGUUGGUGGACGAGCACGUGGUCGACAGCGCCCUCGCGCGCCGAGCUUGAAUGAAUGUCCGGGCGGGCAACGGUGGGCAUUUGGACUGCGCGGCGUGGAGACAGAUACCGGUGACAACGAGGGGGGAGAUCGAGAUGAUUCUCCAGGGUUGAAGAGGGAGAGAGAUCGUGAUGACUCUCGUAAGGAGAACGUGAGCCCUGUUGGACAAACAUUGAAUCCACAUUUGAGUGGAGAUGGGAUCUUGAAACAAAGGAGCUCGGGGCAGAUAUGA